UGAUUUUUCAGUUUGAUGUCAAAAGUUUCUCUUGGGCUUGUCUUUUUAUUAAGAAAAUGCAGAAGUGUGGCCUGCCCACUUUCCUCUUCCUGUCUUUAUACUACUUCGGGUACAGAGAGAUCUGUAUCGAAGAUGGUUGAUAAAGAAUCAUCAUCAUACUAUUCAAACCUGUUUUCUUAUUGGAAAACAGCUUAUGAUCGAUUAUACGGGCAACCGGAAGAUUUUGUUCCUGUUACUAAAAGAAAAUCGACUAGGAAUGAAGAAAUAAUGAAAAUGCAAGUUCUGGUUGAUCAAUUGUUUAAGGCGAAGGAUGACGCUGAUGCAUUGAAUUGUGCAAUCCCUUUGAAAAACCAACUUUCACUCUUUCCAUCAUGUAGAGAAGCUGUUUUAAAAAUUGCUGACAAAGAUGGACGAACACUUGUUGAUUUUCUGUCUGACAAAAUACAAAAUGCCUCUCUUCGCGAUACUGUCAUGCAUUGUCUUGAGCUUUGUGGUUAUAUUAGGCCGAUAAAAAGCCAUGGAAUUCGCGUCCUUUCGAUUGAUGGAGGUGGAACGAGAGGAAUGCACGAAUUAUUUGAUUUAAUUGUGGGUGUCAGUACGGGCGCUGUGAUUGCUACGUUAAUUGGUGCUAAAAAGAUGAGCAUUGCAGAGGCUUUACAAACAUAUAGUGAAGUAUCUAAAAAAUUGUUUAAUUAUGGAAUUUUUGGACGUAUUUCACAUACAAAAAAGAAUUCACAAUUAUUUGAACAAAUAUUAAAAGAGGUACAUAUGAAUUUAAUCUUAAUUUUUAUUAUUUUAAAGGAAAUUGGUUCCGAUUUUUCUCUUCUCGAUUCAUUUAGUGGACCAAAAUUGGCAAUAAUAUCUUGUGUAGUGAAUAAUAAACCUUUAAUGCCUUUCUUAUUUAGAAACUAUGAGCAUCCACCAACACAUAGUAGCCAUUAUCGGGGAAGCACAAAAUACAAAUUCUGGGAGGCGAUUUUGGCAUCCUCGGCAGCACCCACUUACUUCAAAGGAGACGGCGGAGUUCUUAUGAAUAAUCCAACAGCUAUAGCUUUGCAUGAGGCGCGUCAGCUUUGGCCCAGAAACCACCUGCAGUGCAUAAUUUCUGUUGGUAAUGGAAGAGUUAUGUCUAAGGUGGACCCCGAACCAGAACCAUAUUCUUGGACAACGAGCGUUGAUGCAAUUAUUGAUUCAGCUACAGAGACCGAGACAACCCAUUACUGCAUUUCGGAUUUAUUACCAACCAAUGUUUGUAAAAUAUCUUUUCUAAUUUCUAAUCUUAUUUAGAUUUACUUCCGAUUGAAUCCAUAUACAUCACAAGUUUAUGCACUAGAUACUAAUAAACCCGAUCUAAUAGAGAAAAUGCGUAGAGAUGCAAAGUUAUACAUUCGACGGAACAGAGAAAAAAUUGAUGCUGCAGUCGCCCAGUUGGAAACAAAACCUUCAUUUAAACAACGCAUAUACGUUUCAAGAUUUCUGAAAAUAGAGAGAAAAUUUUCAUGGAAUAACAUAAAAAAUUGGAUGAAAAAUAAACUUCCAAAUUCUUUGUUUAAAAUG